GUGUAGUUGAGUAGGAGGACUACUGUAUCAAUCAUCCCGCCGCCCGCCGCCGCCGCCGCUCCAAUCCAAUCCCGAUUCGAUUCGAUUCCGGCCGCCGCCCACCCUCUACUCUCCUCUCCGGAACGCAGGCGGCGAUGCGCGGCGGGCGCUCGGGGGGAGGGGGCGGCGGGGGGCUGCGGAACCCGUGCCUGACGAUGCACCAGCCGUGGGCGUCGCUGCUGGUGCACGGCAUCAAGCGCGUGGAGGGCCGGUCCUGGCCGUCGCCGGUGACCGGCCGCCUCUGGAUCCACGCCGCCUCCAAGGUGCCCGACCCCGACACCGUGGCCGCCAUGGAGGCCUUCUACCGGGAGAUCUACGCCGUCGACGGGGUCCACCACAUCGACUUCCCCCAGCACUACCCCGUCUCCCGCCUCCUCGGGUGCGUCGAGGUGGUCGGCUGCGUCAGGUCCGAGGAGCUCGUCUGCUGGGAGGACGUGCCUCAAUCAGUCAGGCUUGAAGGCUUGACUGACUUCUGCUGGCUUUGCGAGAAUCCACAGAAGUUGGUGGUUCCGUUCGAGAUGCGCGGCUACCAGGGCGUGUACAAUUUGGAAAGAAGGGUCUAUGAGGGAGCCGCCAGGGGUCUUUCGCAUGUUCAAGGUCCGCUGCCGGUCAAGUUCCCGCUUCCAGAUCCCAGAAACCUAUUAUCUCUCAAGCCAGGGUCUCUUAAUUUCGACUCUUCAAAGUCCGCCCUGGUCAAAACUGAGAGUGUUUCUGCAGCGAUAGCCGGGGCUAGAGCUGCCGCGACUCAGUAUUCGAGGAAGGGCAGUAGUGCUGCCACCAGCAGCGAGAUUCAAACUCGAGGGAAAUCAAGGGAAAAUCAUGCCGAUGGCAGUUCAGGGAGUGGUGCUCCGCCGUCUUUUGUCCAGAACAGUUCACCCCAUCCGCAAAACCAGGAUCCAUCCCCUGUUGUCCAGAACAGUUCAUCCCAUUCUGUAAACCAGAAUACAUUCCCUGUUGUCCAGAACAGUCCAUCCUACGCGCAAACUCGGAAUCCUCAGUAUAUUGUUCAGAGCAGUCCAUCCUACGCGCAAACUCGGAAUUCUCAGCAUAUGGUUCAGAGCAGUCCAUCCUAUUCGCAAACUCAGAAUCCUCCGUAUAUGGUCCAGAGCAGUCCAUCCUAUUCGCAAACUCAGAAUCCUCGGUAUAUGGUUCAGAGCAGUCCAUAUUCGCAGAACCAGAGUCAAUCGUCCAAUAUCCAGAGCACUCCAUUCUAUUUCCAUGACCAGAAUCAAUCGUCCAAUGUCCACAACAGCCCAUCCUACUUCCAUUAUCAGAAUCAAUCCCCCACUGUCCACAACAGUCCAUCCUAUUCUCAUAACCAGAAUCCACCAGCCAAUGUCCAGAACCACCCAUCCCAUCUGCAAAACCAUAACCCAUCUCCCGUUGCCCACAACAGUCCAUCAUUUUUGCAACACCAGAACGCCGAGCCUCGGAGAAGUCCCAGACUACAGGGUGGAGCUCCCCACAGGCUUGUUGCAGCGGCGCUGAGAGACCUGAAGCAAUCAAGCUUGCGCGAGAGCGGGGAGCAGUCAUCAGCUCCCAGAAGCUGACCUGAAUAAUCUGACAAUGGAUUAAGGUUCUUAUUCAUCGGUGCGGCAUUGUGCGACGAUACCGGCUCCUUAAUUGUGUACAUUGUAGCAUUUACCCGUACGUUUCCGACUGAAGCUAGCGUAGCAUGAUAGUGUGGUCGUGAAUGUGUAAGGGGCGACGCUGUGCCGUGUCAUGUUGAGCUUUCACUGCAACGCGUUGCAGGUCAUGUAUUCUCAUGUAACAUACUGAACUUAGGUUUGGUUUGAAAUACUCUAGUGCUUAGACUAGUUGGUGGUU